AUGAAUAUUUUAAGGGAAAGAAUGGAAAGUUUUGUUAUCGGUUGUAACGUGGAAAAUUUUUGUGGAACGUGCGGUCGUUUUGUGGGAAUAAAUAACGCUCUCAUAUUCGACGAGAUAGAAAUAUCGAAUAUAAGCUUCGGUCAAGUCGGUACGAAAAACACAAACAACAGUUUUCAAAUAAUAACGCCGUUCAGACGAUUGGUUUUAGCCGCGGAUACGAAAGCCGAAAUGGAAGAGUGGAUAGCAGCUUUGAAAGUUGCCAAUUCGAAAGAAUACUACGAGGGUGGAGAACACGAGGAUUUCUUAUCGGGUCACCAUCACUGGUACGCAACAUUCCACGCGAGGCCUACGUAUUGCAACAUGUGUAGAGAACCCUUGUCCGGCGUCACUUCCCACGGGUUAUCUUGCGAAAUAUGCAAAUGUAAAGUUCAUAAAAGGUGCGCGGUCAAAACUCUUCCCAAUUGCAAAUGGACGACACUCGCGAGCAUAGGUCAAGACAUAAUAGAAGAUGAAUUUGGGAACGUCAUUAUGCCUCAUCAGUGGAUCGAGGGAAAUUUACCCGUAUCGUCAAAAUGUUCGGUUUGCGAUAAAACGUGCGGAUCCGUUUUAAGACUGCAAGACUGGAGGUGCCUAUGGUGCAGAGCGUUCGUACACACGGCUUGCAGACCACAACAUCCCGUUAAAUGCCCUCUGGGUUUGGCUAAAGUUUCCGUUGUACCCCCUACGACUCUCAACAGUAUAGGUAACGACGAAGCUUGGGAAGCCGUUCGACCUCAGGGCUGUUCGCCACUUUUGGUUUUCGUAAAUUCUAAAUCGGGAGAAAAUCAAGGGAUAAAAUUUUUAAGACGUUUCAAGCAAUUGUUGAAUCCUGCUCAAGUUUUCGAUUUGAUUCACGGGGGACCCGGACUCGGAUUGAGAUUGUUCAGACAUUUCGAUCCUUUUCGAAUAUUGGUUUGCAGCGGAGAUGGAUCCGUCGGUUGGGUACUCUCGGAAAUCGAUAGGUUAAACAUGCACAAACAAUGUCAAAUCGGAGUUCUUCCAUUGGGUACGGGUAACGAUUUGGCACGAGUACUCGGUUGGGGCGCUUCUUGCGACGAUGAUACUCACUUACCUCAACUUCUCGACAAAUACGAAAAAGCAUCGACCAAAAUGUUGGACAGGUGGAGCGUGAUGACGUUGGAAAGAGGAAUGAUACUUCCCACCACGGUCAGUAAACUUUCCCUCGACGAAACUUUACUCGCGCUCACGGUAUCCGAAUACGAGAACAACGUCAUGUCUCAUCUAGCUAAAAUAAUACAAUCGGAUCAACAUUCCGUAGUCAUAUCUUCGGCAAAGAUAUUAUGCGAAACGAUAAGAGAUUUCACGUUAAGGUUAGCUCAUUCGAGUCUCGCACACGGAGACGAUUUACUCAGCGAAAAAUGUCAACAGUUAAAUAAUAAAUUAGAUAUGUUGGUUCAAAUUUUAGAAGAAGAAGGAGGUGGGGGAGGAGGUGGUGGAGGAGGAGGAGGGGUCGCUCCAAAAAUUUUAAGUAAAAAACCGAGCGAUUCGAUAAGUUCCGAAGAUGGUGAAAAAUUGGCGAAAGAAAAACAGGAAAAGGAUUUUAUUAAUCUGAGAGAAAAAUCCAAUAAAAUUAACGUGGAAAAAGACGCACUCGUUUCAAGAGCGAACAGUUUAAAAAAGGCGGUGAGUCAAUUGGUUGAAUACGUCGAAAGUGCCGUAGAUAUGCAAAACGUUCAAGAAACGUCUGGAGCCACGACCACUCAAGCUCUUUUUAGAAUUCAAACAUUGGGAAAGAAUGAAUUAGAAGUGCCUAAUAAAUUUCCUAAAAUCAAGUCUGUACCUUUUGAAAGUUCAUUGGGUACUUUGCCUAAAUGCGAUGACACUCAAAAAUUUUUUCUGUUGCCUUCUCCCGUUCAUUCUUGUUCUUCGUCGAGGUCGCCGUCGAACGCGGAUAUUCGUAUCAGUUCUCUAUCACCUUUGCCGGACGUGAGACGUGAAUCGGCAUCAGACGAAAUGAUAACGUUACCCGUGCCUAACGAAUUUGCCGAUAAUUUAGCUCGGAGAAGGAGUUUUCCGUUGGGAAAAGAAACCGAAGGGGGUGUUGUACCUUCGCAAAAUUUGGCCGUGCCUCUCGAUAUCGAUAUUAAAUUAUUCAAAGGUGACGUGAGCGUGGAAAGAAAUUUACUCAAGUUCGAAAAAGAUGUUUUGUGCGAAUUCGAAAACAGUCAAAGUUCGAGUUUGUGGGAAAAUGUCGUUUCCUCAUUGAACGAAGACGCGAGGAAUUUAGUCAUCGAAAACAAAGGAAUGACGAGUUCGCAAGACAUCGUCGCAGAACGAGGACGACGACUCCUCCUCCCCGACGACGACGACGACGACGAAAAGGAAAAAAUUAUAAAAAUCGUUACGACCGAAAUGAAUUUAAACGUGGAAAUAGAAGAAAGUACCACCGAUGGUCGAUCAAACGAAAAUGGUAAAAAGGAAAAAGAACCCGAAGGUACGGAUAAAAGGGAUAGCGAACCUUAUUUAUUUCUAACCGGAGGAACUUGCGACGACGAUCUGGAAAAAACGUUCAAUAAAAGAAUCGACGAAAUGGAUUUGUCGCACAUCGAUUCGUCGGAAUCCCCAUCCGAAGAAACGUCGCCCCCGAAUCAAGGUUCGAGUCCACCCCUGGGACGCAUCGCACCCGGUCCCCCUCGAAUCGUACACAAAAGUUUCACGGAAAAUUUUUUAAGAGUUAAAGAAGAGGGGAAAGUUUCGAAAAGUUUGACGGAGAUUAAUGGAGAUUAUUUAAAAUUGGUAAAAUGUUACGACGAUGGUCGUUUAUUUUCAGACGAGGGAAAAAUACGACGUCACAGCGAUAUAAAAACAAGCAAAGACAUAACGAACGCGAUGAAUUUGGCAAAAAAGAGUCCCUACAUAGACGAAGAACAUUUGUUAUGUCGGAAAGAUAGCAGAAGAUUAUAUUUGGAAAACGAUAUCGAUAUAACGGACGAUAUCGAACUCGAACCGGAAUUGAGAUGCAGUUUGGCUCAUUUCGUCGAAGGGAACGACAUCGCGAGAAUGUCAUUCAAGAAAAAACCGCGAAGAAUCGUCAAAAAACUCGAAGAGGAUUUGACUUCCGAUUUGGUUAAAAUUCAAUUUAAAGGUUCCAACGGCGACCUGACCAAAGAAUGGAAUGAAAAAUUUAACGAAGGCAACAAAAUGGAUGUGAUAUCCGGUCCGGGAUAUUCCGAAACGGAUGAUGAAGAUGUGGAUUUGACGAGGGUCGACGUUGACAAAUCGAAAGUUAAAAUCGAUUCCGUUCCCGAAUUUCAAUUCGUCAUCGAUCCUCCUUCGCCCGUGCACGAAGACGAAACGAGAAGGUCGAGCGGGGAAUCCAAAGGAAAACUAUCGGCUCUCACUUCCGUUUCCACUGGCCUUUUGCAAGCAUCACCUCAAGCGACUCGUCGCGUUUCCAAUUGCAGUCUCAUGAAAGCGGAAAUAAUGGAAUUUGUGGAAUCGAGAAAUCGAUCGAAAAGUUUCGAUAAAUCCGACGUCGACGUCGUUAAAAAACUCCCCAUCAUUAAUCCACUCGUCAGACUUCCCAUGUGGCCAAACGUUUCCGGAGGAGCCGGACUCAUAUCUCAGGUUUUAUUAGCCAAUGCAGAUGCUCUUUGCGCGACGGCAGCGCCUCUCAUGGAUUUCGACGAAACACUCUUACAAGGUUUUUACGAAAAAUGCGUCAUGAACAAUUAUUUCGGAAUCGGUAUCGAUGCGAAAAUCGCGUUGGAUUUUCAUCACAAGAGAGAAGAGCAUCCUGAAAAAUGUCGAUCCCGGGCUAAAAAUUACAUGUGGUACGGAGUUUUAGGAUCGCGAGAAUGGCUUCAAAAAACUUAUAAGAACUUGGAACAACGCGUACAACUCGAAUGCGACGGACAAAGAAUACCAUUACCAUCUCUUCAAGGUAUCGUCGUUUUAAACAUUCCCAGCUUCAUGGGCGGAACGAAUUUUUGGGGUGGAAAAGAAGAAGACGAUUGUUUUUUGGCACCGAGUUUCGACGAUAAGAUACUGGAAGUCGUGGCGGUUUUCGGUUCCGUUCAAAUGGCGGCUUCUCGUUUGAUCAACCUCCAACACCACAGGAUAGCUCAGUGUCAAACCGUACAAAUCAACGUUUUAGGAGACGAAGGUGUACCCAUUCAAGUGGACGGAGAAGCUUGGAUACAACCUCCUGGAGUCAUAAGAAUCAUACAUAAAAAUCGAAUGCAAAUGUUGUGCAGGAACAGAGCAUUAGAAAACUGUUUGAAAUCGUGGGAAGAAAAACAAAGGCAAUCGCAACAAGUGCAAACUCAACAACUGACUCAGGCAUCUCAAACCGUCGCGACGAGUAGCAGUCACAGCAGCACCGGAGUAGAAACAAAUUUCCCGACAUUAUUAACCGAAGAAGAAAGUCGACUCUUGUUCGGAUUCAUUGAAGUCACGACGACUUUGGUCAAAUGCGUUCAGUUGGUGACCAUAAGUCACAACACUUUGGACACGGAAUUGUACAAUUUGGCGACGAAAACGACAAAAAGUUUGGAAAACGUACAUCCGGGUGGGAAAAUUUUAGAAGGACCCGAAUUAAGAUUAAAAGUAACAGAAUUGGUCAAUUCGGGAAAAGAUUUAUACGAAGAAGUUUGUUCAAUGUUGAGAGACAAAGGAUCUAAUUUGAAAUUAAGGGAAGACAUGGAGGGAAAAUUAAAUUCCGCAUUAGCCGACAUGGAAAUCGAACUGAGGAAAUGUUCCGUCGACGAAAACGGUUUGGUGGGUUUACAUCACAUAUUCGAACAGUCGGGAACGAACAAGGGAAGAGGACGAGGAUUGUUUUGGUUGAAAUUACGACGUCACGGAGGGAAUCAACGUCAGAGGGAGGCAUCGUCGUGGGGAGUCGCAGAAGUUUCCCAAUGGUUGGAAUCCCUUCAACUCUCCGAAUACGUGGAUUCGUUUGCUAAAAACGACAUACGAGGAAAAGAACUCAUUGCUUUGGCGAGAAGAGAUCUCAAAGAUUUGGGAGUGACAAAAGUCGGACACGUCAAAAGGAUAUUGCAAGCGAUACGGGAUUUGAAUACAUGA